CGGCGGGUGCGUGUAUUCUGUAAUCUGUAUACCUCGCAAGUCAAGUCUGGCUAGCAAGGUCGGUGCAGAACACGUAAAAGGAUAGAAAAAGAGGCUCAAUCAGUGGAAUUUGAAUUUAAAUAUUGGGAUAAUCAUAAUACACCUUCAUAUGAUACUUAGUUGUAGAGAAAUGUACAGAUCCCUGUAACACAACAAUCAUAAUUCCAAUUCAAACCGAGUCAAGAACUCGUUCCACUCUUUUAUCCUGCGCACCCCUCUCCGUUUAUCCUGCGCAUCUUUCGCCGCUUUCGGAACUGAGAUCCUCUCCUCCACAUCCUCAGUUCCGCCAUUUCAGUUUGUACUUCAGUAGCAGUUUGCUCUGAUUGAGGGAACCUGUUUGGAUCCGCUUCCGUUUAGCAUCUAUCGAUUGAGAUUUGCUGACUGAAACGUUGAGCUUAUUAUCAUAAUGGAAGUAUUCGCUGUUUUCAUGGCUGUGAAGUUUUCACGCUUCAAGGAUGACGGAAUUAUGCAAAUAAUUUAGAAUUGGGAAAAAAUCAUGAGUUGUUUUGGCUGUUGCGAAGAUGAUGACCUCAACAAGGCUGCUGAAAACGGAGGACCCUAUGUUGUAAAAAACCCAGCUGGAAAUGAUGGGAAUUACCAUGCUUCUGAAACUGCAAAGCAGGGCGCUCAGCCUGUUAAAGCUCAGCCCAUUGAAGUUCCUAAUAUACAAGCAGAUGAACUAAAAGAAGUUACGGAUAACUUUGGUCAAGAUUCUCUGAUUGGAGAGGGAUCCUAUGGAAGAGUAUAUUAUGGUUCUCUUAAAAGUGGGCAGGCUGCAGCAAUCAAGAAGUUGGAUGCUAGUAAACAGCCUGACGAGGAAUUUCUAGCCCAAGUUUCAAUGGUAUCAAGGCUGAGGCAUGAAAAUUUUGUUCAGUUGCUUGGAUAUUGCAUUGAUGGAAGCUCCCGUAUUCUUGCUUACGAGUUUGCAUCUAAUGGGUCUCUUCAUGAUAUUUUACAUGGCAGAAAAGGUGUUAAAGGAGCACAGCCUGGUCCAGUUUUGACAUGGGCACAACGAGUAAAAAUUGCUGUAGGGGCUGCAAGAGGACUUGAAUACUUGCAUGAGAAGGCUGAUCCCCACAUAAUCCAUCGGGACAUCAAGUCAAGCAAUGUGCUAAUCUUUGAUGAUGAUGUUGCUAAAAUUGCAGAUUUUGAUUUAUCAAAUCAGGCUCCAGACAUGGCUGCACGUCUUCAUUCUACUCGUGUCCUUGGAACCUUUGGUUAUCAUGCUCCAGAAUAUGCAAUGACUGGGCAAUUGAAUGCCAAGAGUGAUGUAUACAGUUUUGGUGUUGUCCUUCUGGAACUUCUGACUGGAAGGAAACCUGUUGAUCAUACACUACCACGUGGACAGCAGAGUCUGGUUACUUGGGCUACACCAAAACUUAGCGAGGAUAAAGUCAGGCAGUGUGUUGAUACACGACUAGGAGGAGAAUACCCACCCAAAGCUGUUGCCAAGAUGGCUGCUGUUGCUGCACUGUGUGUGCAAUAUGAAGCUGAUUUCAGACCAAACAUGAGCAUUGUAGUUAAAGCUCUUCAACCUUUGUUGACUGCACGACCUGGACCUGCCGGUGAAACACCAAAUUAAUCUCUCUGUAUCUCUUUCCCUCUAUAUUUGAGAGUAUGUGCACAAGAGUGCUUGCAAAACAUAAGAGACUACUUCAGAAGCUGGUGGUAAAUUGCUCAAGGAUGACUUUAUAUCUCAUUGUUUACACUGCAUUCAUUUUGUUCAUAAUCCAUGAUGGUCUGCCAUUUCCUUGCUUUUAUUCAUUUUAAUGUAUUUGUUUUCUCCAUUUCCCCCCCCUUUUACCCUCGCUGCUGGGUUGAUUGCCAUCUUUACAAUGAAGUGUUGGGAAAAACUACAAAACAGAAUUCAAUAUACUCAAAGCUAAGAGAAAGUCAAUGGACUCUCUCUCUACUAGAAACAGUUAUUCACAAAGAGCCGUGCUUAUUAUAUUGAUUCUUUUAAUUUUUUUAUUAAAAUGUUUCUCAAAUUGAGAGUUGUAUAAAUUACUCAUAAUUUCAAUUCCAAUGUUUUAGGAAGAAAAGAAAAUAUUGUUUCAUGCUA